CGACCGAGACCGCGAGACGGUGUUUUAAUUUUUAACACUGAAUCGAUCUCUAGCGCGCCCUCUCCCUCUCUCUCACAGUCUCUUUGCGCUACUUCCGUCAUGGCGACUCUGGACACCGAUAUCAACAUGGUUCCCGUUGGCGAGGGUUCCAGUGGUGCUGGUCCUUCGUCUUCAACGAAGAAGCCGAAACGAUUCGAGAUUAAGAAGUGGAAUGCCGUCGCCCUUUGGGCUUGGGACAUUGUUGUGGAUAACUGUGCAAUUUGCAGGAAUCAUAUCAUGGAUCUCUGCAUAGAAUGUCAAGCCAAUCAAGCUAGCGCGACUAGCGAGGAGUGCACGGUAGCUUGGGGUGUGUGCAACCAUGCUUUUCACUUCCACUGUAUAAGCCGAUGGCUUAAGACCCGUCAAGUGUGUCCCUUAGACAACAGUGAGUGGGAGUUUCAGAAGUAUGGCCACUAGAGUUGGAUACGGUGUGAAUGGUGCGAUGUUACUUGUCAGCUCUUGCAGCCGAUUUUAUUGCUUGAAGUAGAUAAAUAUGCAAUCUAAAGUAUCUUUCUCCUUUUGUGUCUUUGUUGAAUAUUCAAAAACGCUAUGCAAUUUGAGUGCUUAAAUUAGAAACCGUGGAUUCUCUCU